CACAAUUAAAGUGCUUUAUAAACAGUGCGGGUAAAUAAGAGUUUGAAACCACGUGGUGAGUGUUCAAAGUGUCAUCAAUGAUAAACAAAAACAUUGUCUGCUACAGGAUUGAAAAUCCAUAUUCAACCAAGGCUUAUAAAGAUGCUUUCUCCAGUAUUAUUACUUUUUAUUCAACUUCUCAUGAUUGGAUCGUUAACAAAAGGACAAACUAUUUUUGAUCUACUCAACAGCUCUAAACAAAUAACAAAUAAAAUUGUCUCAAAUGUAACGGGCAAAUAUGAUUUUAUUGUGGUAGGAGCUGGAUCAGGUGGUUCUGUAAUUGCCAAUAGACUCUCCGAAAACAAAAAAUGGCGAAUACUCUUAUUGGAAGCUGGAAAUCCCGAGGGUGUACUUAAUCAAAUUCCACUAUUGGUCAGUUAUUUUCAAUUGACCGACUACAAUUGGGGUUAUAAAGUUGAACCACAAAAUAACGCAUGCUUGGGCAUGAAUAAUAAGCAAUGUCCAUGGCCAAGAGGAAAAUCACUCGGCGGUACAAGUACAUUGAAUUAUAUGAUUCACACAAGAGGAAAUAAAUUGGAUUAUGAUUUAUGGUCACAAAUGGGAAAUGAGGGCUGGUCAUAUAAUGAAGUAUUGCCUUAUUUCAAAAAAAGUGAAAAAUUCAAAGUUCCAGGAAUCGAGAAUUCAACGUAUCAUGGAACCGAUGGUUAUUUAUGCGUUGAACAUGUGCCAUAUCAUUCAGAAUUGGCAACAGCAUUUUUAAAAGCGGGCAAACAAUUAGGAUACAAAAUCAAUGAUCCAAAUGGUGUGGAUCAAAUUGGAUUUUCUUAUAUUCAAGUGAAUAUGGAUCGUGGUGCAAGAUGUAGUGCAGCAACAGCUUAUUUGAAAGUUAAUCGACCAAAUUUAGAAAUAAUGACCGGUACAAGAGUGACAAAAGUUCUAAUUAAUAAAAAUAAUCAAGCCUAUGGAGUGGAAUUUGUGAAAAAUUCAAAAAAACAACGUGUCCUUUGUACAAAAGAAGUUAUUCUUUCAGCUGGUACAAUAGAUUCAGCAAAAUUAUUAAUGCUCUCAGGAAUAGGACCAAAGGAACAUUUAGAUGAAUUAGGAAUUCCAGUGAUUCAAAAUUCAAAAGUUGGCUACAACAUGUACGAACAUAUUGGAUUUUUGGGACUUACAUUUAUGGUUAAUCAGAGUGUGACACUAUUACAAAGUACACUUUCCAGACCAUCGAAUGUGUUUCAAUAUAUCGCACACAGAAAAGGUCCAAUAUCAAUACCCGGUGGUGCUGAAGCAUUAGCUUUUAUUAGAACAAAAUAUGCUCAAGAUUCACGGCCCGAUGUUGAACUUUUAUUUGCAUCGGGAUCAUUACAUUCGGAUGGUGGAUUAUUUUUAAAACGUGGUCUUGGAAUAUCAGACGAACUUUAUAACACUGUUUAUAAGCCAAUUGAAAAUAAAGACGCCUGGUCAAUAUGGCCAAUAAUGCAACAUCCACGUAGUGUAGGACGAUUAAAACUUAAAUCAAAAAAUCCCUUUCAAGCACCAAUUUUAGAAACGAAUUUUUUCACUCAUCCAGCCGACGUUGAGAUUAUCCUCGAGGGCUUAAAGCACGCUAUUAAAAUUUCAAAAACCGAACCCUUUCAACGUUAUGGAACACGUAUACAUGAUAUUAAAAUUCCAGGUUGUGUGAAUUUUGAAUUUGCCAGCGACGAUUAUUGGCGAUGUGCAAUUAAACAUUUGCCAUCAAUGAUGAAUCAUGAAAUGGGAACAGUAAAAAUGGGAUCAAAAAAUGAUCCAAAUGCAGUUGUUGAUGCGGAACUUAGGGUACAUGGUGUUGAGAGAUUGAGGGUGGUUGAUGCCUCGGUUAUGCCAACCAUGACCACAGGGCACAUAAAUGCGGGUAUUUUCAUGAUAGGGGAGAAAGGCGCCGAUAUGAUCAAACAAACAUGGACGACGAUGAAUAAACAUACGACAACGACAACGACGACAUCGACAGCAGAAAAAUAUUACUACUAGAAAGCUACUGCUGUUGCAUAUAGCAUAAGUUAUUUAUAUGGAAUUAAUUUCCACACAAAUUAAAGAAAGAAAAAGCGAGAAUUUAACCUCCAUGAAGUUAGCGUCGACGCUCAGCGUUGAAAAUUAUUUUUCACGAAAUCAAAAAUAUCAAAUCAUUUUUAAAAAAGAUUUGAGUUUACACAAUACCUUAAAAAAUAUUUCUCUCAAGGAAUUAUUUGGACCAAAAAUCUUAAGGUGCUUUUAUACCUCCAGUAUUUUGGUCAAGCAAUCGACUGGAUUGGAUUUUCACGUUUGUAUCACUGAAUUUGAUUGGCUCUGACAAAUAUUAGAUUUUCAUCGUGAAAAUUGAAUUUUGUUAGAGCCAAUCAAAUUCAGUGAUUCCUUCGUGAAAAUUCAAUCCAGUCGAUUGCUUGACCAAAAUACUAGAGGUAUAAAAGCACCUUCAAAAAAAAGUAAUUUUACAUUUUUUGGUCAUGUGAAAAAUAAUUUUCGGCGCUGAGCGUUGACGCCAACUUCAUGGAGAUAGAAUUUAAAAAUAAUUAUUCACGUCUAGAUAUAAAUUUUUGGGACGCAUGAAUGAGUUCUAAAAAUUUAGAAUUUUCAUUUAAGAGAAUUUCUUUAGAUAGAAUGUUCAUUGAACCGAAUUUUUAUUUGUUCCAAUUAUUAUUUUGCAAAAUUUUCAUUAAAUCGAAUACAGAAUUUUUAUAUAAACGAGAAUUCACUUCAUAGAAUUUUUAUUUGUCAGAAUUUUUAUUUGCUCUAAUUUUCAUUUAACGUUACAGCCAUUUUAAUAAAUUUUUAUUAGGUAGAAUUUCAAUUGCAUAGAAUUUUCUUUUAGAUAAAUUUUUGAUAGAAUUUCCUUAUAACCGAAUUUUUAUAAUACAGAAUUUAUACUUAACCAAGAAAAUCAUUUAACAGAACGACAGAAAGAUUUCGGUCCGAUUUUUUAAAAAAUAACCAAUCACAAUUUUAUGGAUAAUUUUUUAUUGUUUACUUUAAAAAAUCGUGCUAAAAUAUUUCUGACGAUUAUUUGUUCGGUAAUUUGCAAUUUCGAAGAAAUAAAAAUUUUGUUAAAUGAUUUUUCGGUUAAGUAUAAAUUCUGUAAUAUAAAAAAUCGGUUAUAUGGAAAUUCUAUCAAAUAAUAAUUCGAAC